UUCACAGCCUAGAUGAAGGGACUGGGUGAGAUGCACAGCUGGCAAGUAUGGCUUGGAAACAAGCUUGGCACCGUUAUUGACCUCUUUGGUGUACCCACAGGCAAUUUCCUGCCUCUUUGCUUUCCCAUCUAAAAUGGUUUCCUGCAUCCUACAGGUAAAUUUUAAUUAACACAGGCAAAAAAGCCUCCAGUCUUUGAAGAGAGUUUGAAGAAAUCUUGCCUGAAUGUUUUUGAGCAUUGUUCUGCUUCUAGCUGCUCAGCAUGUCUCAGCUGCUCAGCAUGUCUCGGCUGCUCCAGCUCUGCACGCUUUGACCAUGAGCAGCAAUUCCUCCCUCAGCAAUGUGAAGGGCCUGAGGAACCUCACCACGCAGGAAGAUGGGGCGGUCAGAGUCACAGAGUCCAUCGCUAUCAUCGUCAUUGCUAUUUUCAUCUGUUUGGGCAACCUGGUGAUUGUCAUCACCCUGUACCGGAAAUCUUACCUUCUCACGCUGAGCAACAAGUUUGUGUUCAGCCUGACCCUCUCCAACUUUCUACUCUCUGUACUGGUGCUACCUUUUGUUGUCACCAGCUCCAUCAGGCGAGAAUGGAUCUUCGGAGUUGUUUGGUGCAAUUUCUCAGCCCUGCUCUACAUGCUGAUCAGCUCAGCCAGCAUGCUUACUCUUGGACUCAUAGCUAUAGACAGGUACUACGCUGUCCUGUACCCGAUGGUUUACCCGAUGAAGAUAACGGGCAACAGAGCAGUGGUAGCUCUUGUGUAUGUGUGGCUACAUUCCCUUAUUGGCUGUCUCCCUCCCCUUUUUGGCUGGUCGUCUUUAGAGUUUGACCAAUUCAAGUGGAUGUGUGUGGUGGCCUGGCAUAAAGAGGCUGGCUACACUGCCUUUUGGCAGAUCUGGUGCGCACUGCUGCCUUUCAUGGUCAUGAUGAUCUGCUAUGGAUUCAUAUUCCGCGUGGCAAGGAUUAAGGCCCGCAAAAUCCACUGUGGUAGCAUCGUCAUUGUGGAGGAGGACUCCCAGAAGAAUGGGAGGAAGAACUCCAGCACCUCCACAUCCUCUUCUGGCAGCCGACGGAAUGCUUUCCAAGGGGUUGUCUACUCAGCCAACCAGUGCAAAGCUUUCAUAACCAUCUUGGUUGUCAUCGGUGCUUUCGUGAUUACGUGGGGGCCUUACAUGGUAGUAAUUACAUCAGAGGCGCUUUGGGGAAAAAAUAGUAUUUCCCCUGCCUUGGAGACAUUAGCUACAUGGUUGUCCUUUUCCAGUGCCAUUUGCCAUCCACUAAUUUAUGGACUGUGGAACAAGACAGUGCGCAAGGAACUACUAGGAAUGUGCUUUGGGGAUCGGUAUUAUCGUGAGUCCUUUGUUCAGCGACACAGGACAUCGAGGUUAUUCAGCAUUUCCAAUAGGAUCACAGAUUUGGGGCUAUCUCCUCAUCUCACUGCCCUCAUGGCAGGUGGGCGACCAUUAGGAAACAGCAGCAGCACAGGAGAGACAGGUUUCAGCUGCUCACAGGAUUCAGGAACAGAUGCAAUGCUUCUUGAAGAUUAUAGCUCAGAUGGUCCUCAUGCCCCACACUGCAUUUGUCCUCCUCGAAGGAGGAGUUCAGUGACGUUUGAAGAUGAAAUAGAGCAAAUUAAAGAAGCUGCAAAGAAUUCUGUUCUUCAUGUAAAAGCCGAAGUCCAUAAAUCUCUGGACAGUUACGCAUCCAGUUUAGCAAGAGCUAUUGAAGCUGAUGUGAAAAUCAGCUUGUUUGGGGAAGAUGCUUUACCAGGAGCUCUGUUCCCUGUGCGGACUCUGCCAGGAAGCAGUAUGAACACACGGCGUGGUAUCAGACCCCAUGCUAGCCAAAGACUUAAGUUGCAGAGCAUCGAUGAAGGGAAUAUUUGACAGGAGCACUGGAGUAAGAAAACUGAAUGAAACCACUAAGCAGGACCUACUACAGCUGUUAGUGUUACAACAGAACCAGGAUACCUUUUUGGGAUGCUGUCGGUGUUUUUUCAGCACUUGAAAACCAGCUGAAUUCUGGUACUUAAAUCAACAUUUUACAGCAGUGUUUGUUUACUCUUUAGGGUGCUAAUGACUCUUGUGCCAUGUCUUAAAUCUGUCACACAGUGCAUAGGAAUGCAGGGUUUGGUUUCAUCAACCAGAUCAUUAGUCUAUUGAGUCUUGGGUCCAUUACUGGCCAAAGCCGAUACAGGAAUGAAAAUGGAGAAGUAUAUGCAGUGUUUAUUUCAAUGUUGCAUUGAUCCUUUUCUGACCGCCAGGAUAAUCAGUUUAUACUCAAUAGCUGGAGUGCUCUGAUAGGUCGUGCAUUGGAUACCACAUGCAGCUUUUCUGUCAGAGACUCCCAAAUGAGGAACAUGGACUUCAAUAAGGGCAAAACUUGAACUUUUCGGAGAGCUUAUGUAGAGUAUCGUCAUACUUACCCUUGCUAGUGGGUGUUUCUGGCUGUUCAGCAGUCACAUUACUAGAUCUGAAAUUGGAUUGUGCAUUGCUUCUGUGUUGUAAGACACCAGCUUCUCUAGAUGUAAUAGAUGGGAGCAGAUCUGUGCUGGAAACAUCACAGAGACUAUAUUUGAGGGAAUCAUCAGUGCAGAGUUCUUAGUUUCUCUGAGAACUUCAAUUCACUUCCCCAGUUUUGCUUUUACUAAAAUGGUACUCUACAGCUGUGGUAAGCUUGACAGAAUAUAAAUAAGGUGUUACCACUUCAGGAUUCAUCUUUUCUAGAAAGACAAUUUCUAUCAGUUGUUUUUUUUUAAUCAGGAGGGAAUGUAGUAUUUAAGCUAUAGUUACCUCGGUGCAUCUAUUUCUUGGAGUAUUAAUUCAUUAAUCUCUAAAAUGAGAACAUUUGGCACUUACAUUGCACUUUGCAUGUUCUUAAGCACUGUACAGACAUUACCAUGUUAGGCCUUUGUGGGAGGUUUCAUCAGCCCUGCUUGCCAAAGAAGGGAACUCGGCCACAGUCAAGCUGCUGGCAAUGAAACAAGCUGCAAGGUAGAAAAGUUUGUUACGGAAAGAGGGAUGAGGUAUAUCAUACAAGCAUGUGGGCUUGAGGAACCUUUCUGUGCCUUCCUGGGCUGGUCCCUUCCUUACCUUGUGGGGGUUACAGCCCUGCCUUACUGCUUAUUUCAAAGAGAGGGAGACCUAAGUGCAUAGGGUGAUAUCUUGGGGGUGGGUGUCGGUAGCAAACGGACUUAAGGACCAAGGAUUUGCGUUUGUUUACUCUGUGUCUGCUCGCCCUAGCCUUCACUUUUCCCCAGAAGUGAUUUAUAUGAGUUUUUUGCUGCAGAUUGUUUGGACAUCAGGGGCAGGAUGUUUCCAUUUGGGCAAAAACUGGGUGUAUACUUGUUAAAUUAUGGCUGUGUGCAACUCAUUUGCAAGCACAGAAGCAAACUGUGGCAGAGCCUCAGUCCAGUACUGUAUUUAGACAUCCUGUUUGUCUGUGUUCCCAACUCAGAAUUGUAUUCCACAUGAGCUUAUGUCCAUCUCUGGACAAAGCAGCUUGACUUUGUGAGCUAGCCUGAAUCCCAUUACAUUCCCAUGUAAGAUAUAACUGCAUGCUUAAAAUUCAGUACAUGGUUUACUGAUUAAGAACAGGUUGUUAAAGCAAGAACACUUAAGCACCAGUAAGGUGGUUCUUUGCAUAAUGCAGGAAUGAAAUGACUAAUAAUAGCGAGGGCCUCACUCUGGUAUUUUUUGCUUCUAGUACGUUAGAUAAAUUGGCACCUGUGGGCACUCAGUCAAAAAAGAAAAAUCCCAGUAUUUGCCAGGAAAUGUCUUGCGCUGAGGUCAUCAUUGCUAUCACAGUUGCUUGUAGUACUCUGCGCUCCGUAAAGUAUACACUUGCCCUGGGUGGCUUGAAGCAUUCUAUCUGUGUCCCUUUUAUUUCAUAUUCCUGCUUCCAAACAAGUUGAGCAAAGUUGUGGCUGUGAAAAGGGCACACGUGGGCGCGUAUGUGUUGUGGUGCUAGCCUAAACCGGUGUAUAUUUAGGAGGAAAAAUACCAAGGCACGUGUGAAAGCACAAAAUUGUUACUAGUGUGUAAAAGUCACGUUUUUCACGCAGGUACUCAGCCAAAUUCAGCCUUCAGGCAAGUCAGUGGGGUUGCAUCUGUUUACACCAUGACUGAAUUUGGCUGUCGAUGUUAAUUUUGCUAAUCUGUUAUUUAGUGUAAAUGUUGUUAAUCCUUUUGUACACACAUUAUAACCUUUCCAUAAUUCUCUUACUACCAGAGUCAUUAUCUCAGUUGAAUUGUCAUUAACAAAAGCAGUCAGGAACAAAUGCACGCAUUUUAUAAAAUUGUAAUCCCCAUUUUAAAUACAGAAGAAAAAAGAAACGUUUCCAGCUUCC